UCUUGGCAACACCUUCUUCUUCCUUCUUCUUCAAGAGGAUGGGGCAUCUUAUUGAAGAGAAGGCUCUUGGAGAUGAUCAUCAACGCGGGGACAGCCUUGAAGAGAAAAUCUCAUUGUUUUUUGAUGAAGAAGACGAAGAACUGGAUCGAAAUUCUGAAGGUGAUUGGGCUGAUGAUGAAGCUGCCAACAAUGAAUUGCAUGACCCCAUUGAGAGAAAAGAGUUCUGGGAUUCACAAGAGGCGUUGCUUCUGGAAAUAAUGGAAAGAUGUAAUUCAAUGGGUGCAAAGUUGAGGGAAGAGAUAGGGAGAGUGGUGGAGAGGGCAAGAGAAACACUAGUGUGCAGCUGCUCCAAGUCAAAUUCAGAUGGGUGUGCCCUUUGUUUGAGGAGGAGAGUGGUGGAUUUGCUUUGCCUCAAGGGUUUCUCUGCCUCUCUCCGUACUUCCAAGUGGAGGCACACUCACAAGUUCCCCGGAGGAUCACAUGAAUAUAUAGAAGUAAUGGCAAGCACCCCAGGGAGGAAGAAGCAAAUCCCAUUCCUUAUAGAGCUCGAAUUCCGAACUGAAUUCGAGAUGGCCAAAGCCUGCGAUGAGUACCGCAGACUCAUCGCCCAACUCCCCAAAUCCUACAUCGGAAAAUCCGACUACCUCAACGCCAUCCUGCGUGUGGUAUGCGAUGCCGCCAAGAGGUCCAUGAAGGAGCAGAAGAUCCACAUGGGGCCAUGGCGGAAGCGCAGCUUCAUGCAGAUGAAAUGGUCCGGUUACAACGACAGAAAACAGCCCUCCAAGGAUCAACCCUGGAACAAGUUUUCGCUGUCUGGCAUCACUGCUGCUGUGGUGGUUAAAUGAGGUGGUCUUUCCUCGGUUUUUUUUACACUUCUUUCAGGCUGAUAAUAUUAUUAUAUCAACAUAAAUAGAAGGAGCACAUGCAAUGCAUGUAUACCAUAUAAGAAAGGCCGAUGAUGAGAUUAUACGGGGAAACCAAACCCCAGUGCAGAAGCACCAGUUAAGGGUUGCUAAUGUUGUAACUUGUGGGUCAGUUUUGCUAUAAAUCUUGGGGGGCAUAAAGUAGAUAUGAAGAGUGGUUUUUUGAGGGCAUUUCAUUUUUACAUCCAUGAAUAAGGAUAUCAUCAAGAUGUUCUCUUUUCCA